AUGGAUUUAACCGGAAAAUUAUUACAAGAUCUUUCUCAAUUAUCAUAUUCACGAGAACAUUAUAAUGAAUUAAUGGGAAUGCUUUGGAAACGAUGUUUUACUCAAGAUAAAAGACUUUGGAGACGAACAUAUAAAGUAUGUUUUAUAUGUUUGCCCUUAAUUUUGUUAUCAGCUCAUACGAGAAAAAACCAGUUCGAUACUGAUUUAAAUCUUGUUCGUGUAAAUAUUUCAUUGAAUGUAAAAAAAACAACAACAGCUGGAAAUGCUAUCGCUAUUAUUUAA